CAGUUGAAAAACAUUCUGCUCAAGCCAUGGACAUACAGUAUGUUAACUCCAUGAAUUAUGAAAAAUUUAGCUAUGUUUUUGGAAAUGUCAUUGAGAAAUGCCCACUGGUUGCAGCUGCAGUUUGGUCGAAACGUCCAUUUAAAGACAUUCUUGACUUGGAAAAUAACAUAGAAGAGUUUAUUGAUUCUCUGCCUCAGUCAGGGAAAGAGGGGAUUUUGCGAUGCCAUCCUGACCUUGCGGGGAAGGACUUCCUGAGUGGAUCCCUGACGGUGGAAUCCCAGGGGGAGCAGAGGAGCGCAGGACUGACCACCCUGACCCCCGGCCAAGUGUCCCAACUCCAGCAGCUCAACACCUCCUACAGGGACAGGUUCCACUUCCCCUUCGUCGUCUGCGCCAGGAAGAGCGACAAGGACACCAUCAUCCAGCAGCUCAGCCUGAGGGUUCACAACCCCCCCGAGCAGGAGCUCCUCAUCGGCAUGGAAGAGGUCAAGAAGAUCUGCCACCUGCGUCUGCUCGAUAUCUUCGACCAAGUCAGCCGCCUGUAAUAAUAAUAAUAAUAAUUAUUAUU